AUGCAAAAGUCACUCCUCCUGGUCUUCAUCCAUGGUUUCAAGGGUGGCGAUGAUACCUUCGGCAAAUUUCCAGAGCACCUGCGUGUUCUUGUUAGCAGGGCGCUUCCUGCUGUCAAGGUCACAACAGCUGUGUAUCCCAAAUAUGAGACGAGAGGUGAUCUGAAAGAAUGUGUGGGGAGGUUUCGGGAGUGGCUCCAAAAUACCGUUAUCGAUCUGGAAGUUUCAAACCAUACCGCGUCCCCAACCGUUGACCCGUCCGUCCAUAUCUUCCUCGUCGGACACUCCAUGGGAGGAAUUGUGGCAGCAGAGACGUUGCUAUUACUAGCAGACGAACAACCUAUCCCUCACAACCCAGGAUCUGAAUUUCAAUCCACAACCCAACCAGAUGAUCAUGCGCCUAUUGUGGAACCUGGCACCUUCAUGUUCCCUCACAUUCAAGGAGUCCUUGCGUUUGAUACUCCAUAUCUGGGCAUCGCUCCAGGAGUGGUAGCGCAUGGUGCAGAGGGACACUAUCGCAAUGCCACAACGGCCUACAAUACCUUUUCAGAAGUUGCAGGGAUUUUCGGCUACGGAAAGGACAAUGAAUCAGGAGGAGCCGCUUCUGCCACAGCCGCGAAAGAGCCACCCAAAGCUCUACCACCAUCCACCGAUGCUGCAGCAACACCAUCCUGGCAGCGAUGGGGUCGAUAUGCCAUGUUCGCUGGUGCCGCGGGUGCCGUGGCAGCUGGUGGCGCAGCUGCUCUGUACUCCCAGCGCCAGAAUCUGUCUGCGAGUGUUGACUGGGUAUCCUCGCAUCUCGCAUUUAUCGGUUGCCUAGCGCGGACAUCGGAAUUGGAACAACGGAUUUCGCGGCUGGCCCACGUAGAGGAGGAACGGGGCAUCGGCUGUGUCAACUUUUACACCUGUCUCGGGCAAGGAGCGGGGUCUUUAGUAGAGAACAUGGCGACGGGAAAGACAUCGUUCACUCAGAAUAUCAUUCGUUCGAAGAACAGAACGUUUUGCAAGCUUUCCCCCGAUGUGGACAGUGGCAAGGAAAUCGCAUCUUCAGGGCGGCCUGGACUUCGGUGGACAAAGGCCGUCAACGACCAGGCCACGGAUGAGGUGAAGGCACACAUCGCCAUGUUUCUACCCAAAGAGAACCCUGCAUUUUUCGACCUUCUCGGUGAGGCCUGCAAGACCUUGGUGGCAUCGAUCGACAAGGGCUGGUACAAUACGUCGAUGGUUCCGAACGAAAGGAACAACCCGAACAUCCAACCUGAAGAGCGUGCGCAAGGAAACGACGACUUCAUGGAUGCGGAUGACGUUGUUGUUGUGGACUGA